AUGGAGCGCAAUCACAUGCUUGACCGUGAGACCGAGUCUCGCCAUCCCCUCGGACCACCACCUGCGAGACCUCCGCCUUCCCUAAUGGCAUUAUCCCCUCCAGCUUAUUCAAACGUCGCGCUACCGAAUUCGAGGGAAUUUCCAGAUGUUCCUACUUCCGACCCCUCGACUUACCUGCCUCCCCUGGCUCGCGUCGCCGACAACGAUAUUAAACUGCCGUCUAUAAGUUCUCUUCGAAGUGAAAUGGCCCUCGAACCACCGAGAGCAUGGGGACCUCUACCUCCUAUGCCUCCGAACCAUGCGCCGAUGCCCCUUGGACUUCAAUCUAUCGAUAGCCCCACCCGAAUGGACCUUGAUGCGAGCAGCAACAGUGUUGUCAGUGCUGCAUCUCCCGAUCGGCUCUUAGAUGCGAGAGCUGGGAGUGUCAGUCUUGAUGAUCCGGAUGUACGAUUGGCGGCCGAAGCACUUGGAGAUUUAAGAGCCGACUUUAUAUCAUCACCACCCCACACGAAUUCCUCGCUUCCAGUCAGCCCACCAACUUCAAACGGACUUCAAGGAUCGCAACCUCAACAACCAGAACCGCUUUUGUCCCUUCUCACGACAACCCACCCUCUUUUGGCGAGCACUAUUGAAGGUGCUACUUCGGCAUAUGGGGGCGCCAAGAACUUUUCACCACGCUUUCGAUCAGGUGCUGAAUAUGUUGAAGGAUAUUUGACACCAAUUGCGAAUACCGUUGGAUCUGUUGGUCGAGUGACCGGUGUUGAAGGGGGUGUCCGAUGGUUUUUGGGUGCUGGACGCCGACAAAACAGUUCAACCUCUGAUUUGGAAACCGGUAACAGUAAAAAGCGACGCAAGGUGGAUAGCGAGGAUGAAUCUGUCAGCAACAAGCGGUUUGAAAGUGAAGGCAUGCAGCAGAUGGCCGAUGAGCAGGUCGACUCUGAUGCCUUUUCACCUUCCUCCCGAACUCUUUCUCGUCGCAUGUCAACUACAAGUACAGUUGACACUCUUCCUGCAUAUGAUGAGAUGAGAUCACCUGCAUACACUGAGACGGAUGCUCAGAAUUCUCCUCGAACUUCACGACCCAAUAGUGCAUGGCAGUCACGUCUGAUCAUGUCAACCUCGGGUUUGAGUGUAGCCAUGAGCGAGGAAAGUCUCCGCAGCCUCAAAUACUGUCUGCAAUGGCUUCGAUGGGCCAAUGACCACAUUUCACGUGUCAUCACAGCACUGAAGACAACAUUGGAACAGUAUGAAAAGGUUCAGCCACAAGAUGGAUCACAGCAGCAACAAGGCGAAGGAUCUGAGGGCGCAGAGUCUCGAACUCUACUUGCAGCUCGUAUUUCGAGUCUUAAGAGCGACGUUCUCAGGACUCUUCGCGAAGCCAUCAAUACUGUUUCAAAAUAUGCAGGAGGUGCAUUGCCAGAAAACGCACGGAUUCUUGUGCGACGUCAUCUCACCAGUUUGCCCCAACGAUUCCGCAUUGCUACGAUGUCGGACAGGAACCCUAACAGUCAAGACAGUGAGUCUGCUCUGACUGAGGGUGCACAAAAGGUCUUGGUUUUAGCCAAGGAAGGUUUGGACAUGGUUGUUCAAGUCAGUGGUGUUGUCGACGGAACAAUCGUCAGCGCCGAACAAUGGCUCGACCGUAUGGGCAAGCGACGAGCUCAAGACGAAAAGCCUAUGCUGCCCCAGGCCGAGCCCCAGACUGAGCCUAACGGUGAUGUCAAGAUGGGUUGA